AUGAUUGACAAUAAGUAUCAGCUAAUCGAAAAAAUUGGCCUAGGAGGAAGCUCCUUGGUCUACAAAGCAACUGAUAUUGAUGGUAAUGACUAUGCCAUCAAGAUCCUUCGAAAGGAUAAGGAAUAUAAUAACAGGCAAGGAGCUCAGAUGAUUUGUAAAGAGCACCAAAUUUUGAGUGAGCUUCAUGGACACUCAAACCUUAUACAGUCUUAUGAAGUCAACCCAAAUGGAGUAUUAGAGGUUGAUGGGAGGAGUGAAGAAUGUAUCUAUCAAGUUACUGAACUUGCAACUAAUGGGUCUCUAUCAAAUAUUGUAAGAAAUACAGGACCGUUAGAAGAAGAACUCGCCCGGUUUUUUAUCACUCAAAUUCUAUAUGCAGUCUUACAUUUGCACUCAAAAGAGUACGCUCACUUAGACAUCAAGCUUGAGAACAUCUUCCUUGAUGAAUACUUCAACAUCAAAUUAGGAGAUCUUGGAUCUUCGGCUCAUGUUGGGAGCAAUGAUGGAUUCUUCGACCAUAGGAGAGGAACUCCUCUCUAUAUGGCUCCAGAAGUAAAGUCAUUGGAACCAGGAGAGGAAUAUGAUGCUUUCUCAUCAGAUAUGUACUCUCUUGGAAUCACAUUGUUCGUGAUGCUCACAGGAGAGUUUCCUACUCCUUCUGAUCUAGGCCACUCUUUCGAAACGAAAGAGUCUGAUGAGAUGGAGGAUUGAACCUCUGCACCAAAAUUGGACCAGCAGAAGAUCAAGAGAUUCUCUCAUCUCUCUUCUGAAGUCAUCGAGCUUAUCCAAGAGAUGACUGAAGAGAACGAUGUUGGAAGACCUCAGGUCCAGGACAUCCUGGAGUCUGAAUGGCUUCAGAAGCCAUUUUCAGAAGACAUCUGAGAAAUGGCUUUUCAAGAAAUGGAAGCUAGGAAAAAUUUUCUCUUAGAAGAGUGUCAGAGGCACUCUUUCAAAGGAAUCUUCUAGACAAUGACUUUGCCCAAAGAGGCUCGUCAAUACCUUUAUCAAUAAUUAGAGCAAUUUGGUAUUGAACGGAGCUCUUGUAUACUAAAGUAUCUAAUAAUUAUCUUUAAUUUUUCAUAA